AUGGGCGGCGCCACCUCCAAGUCCGGCGACGACAAGGAAGCUCUGGUUCUCUGCAGAGAGCGGAUGCGCCUAAUCCGGCAGGCCGUCGACCUGAGAUACUCCCUCUCUGCGGCCCACCUCUCCUACAUCCAGUCCCUCCGCAGCCUCGGGAUCGCCCUUCGGCGAUUUGCAGAGGCGGAGCUCUCCACCGACUCCUCUCUCUCCUUCUCCACCGACGAACCAGACGAUUCCCCUUCUCACUCCUCUUUCGCCUCUCCUUCUCCCUCCCGCGCCGUCGCCGCCGGCAGCUCGCCGGCGGCGGCGGCCCCGCCGUCUCCGGGCGGCGGACCCAACUGGGACUUCUUCGACGGCGGCGGGGAAGCAGUGACGGCGGCUGCGGCAGCGGAGCCGGAGAGGGAAGACCCAUCCGAGUUCAUCACCCACCGCGCCAAGGAGUUCCUCUCCGGCAUGAAGGAGAUCGAGGGCCGCUUCCUCAGGGCCGCCGACUGCGGCGGCGAGAUCACCAGGAUGCUGGAGGCGACGAAGAUCAAGCUCGGCGGCGCCGCCAUGAAGGGUAAAUUCCACCCGUCGGAUUCUCAUCCCCCCCCAACAAUCUGAGCUGAUUGCUUCAAGAAAUCAGACUGAUUCUCGUCCACGCAGGUGGCGGCGGCGACGGCGGCGUCGGUGGUUCAUCUCCCCCUGGUUUCCUCUCGGCCCUGCAAAUAUCCUGCUGCAAGAAGGGUCAGAUUCUUCCCCUGUAAUGCGUUGACCUUGCGAGCUCGAUCUCCGCGAGGAAGACGACGAUCGUUGGCCUCAAUUCUCUCCGUCUGAAUGUGAAUUCCUCCUCUGAAAUCCGUCCGUACAGCACCGACGCAGCGCCUGGCGAAGGUCAUCACGUGGAACAGAUCGGCCUCGUCGGCGUCCUCAUCCUCCAAGAAAACCCUCACGGCGGCAGCGGCGGCGGCGAGACCCGAUCUCUGGGACGGCGGCGGCGACUUCGCGGAGGAGUUCUGCAUGAUCUCCGGCAGCCAUUCCUCCACCAUGGAGAGAUUAUAUGCUUGGGAGCGGAAGCUCUACGAGGAGGUCAAGGUAUGCAUUUUUAUAAGAAAACCCUUUUUUUGGUCAAAGAUUUGUGAUUUACCAAUGAAAAAUAUGAUUUUUGUUUUUUGGGGGGGUGGGGGGGAUGAAGGCGAGCGAGUCGAUCAGGAGACAGUACGAUCGGAGAUGCUGCGAGGUGCGGGAGCGGUCGGCGAGGGAGCUGAACGGCCGGGCGGUGGACAGGGCGCGCGCCGCCGCCAGGGACCUGCACUCCCAGGUGAGGGUCGCCAUCAACGCCGUGGAUUCCAUCUCCAGCAGGGUCGAGGCCCUCCGCGACCAAGAGCUACUCCCCCAGCUCAUGGAGCUCAUCCAAGGGUAAACUAAAACCCCUCUCUCUCUCUCUCUCUCUCUCUCUCUCUCUCUCUGUCACUCUCUCUCUCUCUCUGUCUCUCCCUCUCUCUCUCUGUCUGUCUCUCCCUCUCUCCCUCCGUCUCUCGAUCUUUCUCUUCUGAUCUUCUCUGAUCUUCUCUCUUUCUGGGUAUUUGAUAAACUCUCCUCUCUUAAUCUCUCUCUGCUCUGAUCUUCUCUCUUUCUGAGUAUUUGAUAAGCUCCCUUCUCUCUCUCUCUCUCUCUCUCUUAGUCUCUCUCCUCUGAUCGUGUCUCUCUGGAAAUUUGCAGGUUGGGUCGGAUGUGGAAAGCGAUGCUGGAAUGCCACCACGCGCAGUUCAUCACUAUCUCGCUGGCCUACCAUGCAAAGGCGGAGGGGGCGGCGGCGGCGGCAGGGGGGGGGCGGCGGGAGGCGAUGGGGCACCUGUGGAGGGAGAUGGAGUUCUUCGGGGCGAGCUUUGAGGGCUGGACGGCUGCGCAGAGGGCCUACGCGGAGACCCUCGCCGCCUGGCUCCACAGCGCGGUGGUGGCGCCGCCGCCACGGGGCCCGGUGAGGGGCCGUCGUGCGGCGGCGUUCUCCCCGCGGCGGGCUCUCGCGCCGCCCAUUUUCGUCCUCUGCCGCGACUGGCUCGCGGCGGCGACGUCCCUCCCGGCUGGCGAGCUCUCCGCCGCCGUCGCAGCCCUGGCAGCGGACCUGGCCGGUUGGUGCCGCCGGGAAGAGGAGGCGGACGAGGAAGAGAAAAAGAAGAAGAAGAAGCUGCCGGCGGUAUGCUCUGAGGCGGCGGAGCACGGCGGCCGGCUCCUCCUCGCCGGCGAGCAGCAGUGCGAGCAAGAGGACCUCGUGGAUCAUCCUCAUCAUCAUCGUCUUCUACAGAUGGGCCUGGCGAGGCUCUUUGAUCGCCUGACCAAGUUCUCCGAGGCCUCCCUCAAGGCCUACGAGGACAUCACUCGAACAGCCGAGAUCGCUCGGGCGGCCUACGCCAGCUGCCGCACCAGGACAUGA